ACUUGUACCUGUCAAUCCAUGAUCGUCGGCGCUACGAAGCAUAAUCGUGAUUACUUUUCUUCGGUAAUUACCGUUGCGUACGGUGCCGGUAAAACGGUUGGUAAAAGUUAUUACAGGAAAGAUGUCGUUCGCUAGGAUGCACCUCGUAUUUUAUAUUUCCUGCAUUACUCUGAUUUCCACAUACGUGAGCGCGAACGCGCAAGUGGUAACGCAAGAUAGCCUGGUAGAACAGCUCAACGAAGACAAUUGGGACCUCAUGCUCACAGGAGAAUGGAUGGUCGAAUUUUACGCACCAUGGUGUCCUGCAUGUAAAGCUCUUGAACCAAUCUGGGAACAUCUUGCGUCAUAUAAAGAAGAUCUCAAUAUUAAUGUUGGAAAAAUAGAUGUAACAAAUUCUCCAGGUCUUAGUGGCAGAUUUAUGGUUACAGCUUUGCCUACAAUAUUCCAUGUUAAUGAUGGUAUAUUCAGACAAUAUAAAAGUCCAAGAGAUAAAGCUUCGUUGAUUGAAUUUGUAUCAAAGAAAACAUGGACAAAAGUGGAGCCAGUAUCUAGUUGGAAAAGUCCAACUGCCUUCCAUAUGUCAAUUUUAAGUCAAUUCUUUAAACUGUCUCAAGUAUUGAGAGCUAUUCAUACUAGACUUUUGGAGGAGAUUGGGUUACCAGCAUGGGGUAGUUACUUCAUAUUUGCUGUUGCAACAAUUAUUUUGGGUGCAGUAAUGGGUUUGUUUAUUGUUUGCUUGAUUGACUUCAUUUAUCCACCAAAACUGGCAUCGCAAGCAACUCGGCAAGGCAAAAAGAAGCAGAAUGGUACAUUAACCACACAGGAGAAAGGUUCAGAUGAAGAUGAGCUUUCGGAAAAUGUUGGAGAUGAUUUAGUGGAUGAAUCAGAGCCGGAGGAACUUGGAGAAACACCUGAAGAAGCGAAGACUGAAGAAGUAUCUGAACCAGAAGAGCUUGAAGCAAGUGAGAAAGAUAUGGAUACUAAAGCUGAUACCAGUAGUCCCAGUGUUCGCAAGCGUAAGCCACGCAAGGCUGAUUAGAAACAUUAGUUUGUUUAAUGUAAAUAUUCAACAAUCAUGGAUCGAUUGCCAGUAAUUUUCAGCGAUGUAUUCCCGAAAUCAUUCCUGCGCAUUACGACCACAUAUAUUUGAUGUGGUACCAUUAUCCUACAUCAUGAAACAUGGAUAAUUGGUAUGGAUAAUUCAAAGAAACAUAUUUGCUGUCUCUUGUAUAUGUUUGAAAAUACAAAUGAGAGAAUUCCAAAUUUCUACUGUAUGCAAGCGUUUUAUUGAAAAUAUUUAAAUAUUCAAAUGUUGAGGGAAAAAAUGUAAGGAUGGACACCUCAGGUAUUAUUCAGUAAAAUUUUAGAAUUUUACAGGCGUUCUGAAAGUUGGUGUCGAAUACUCUCAAGUUUUUAAAGACUUAAUCUUCUCAUCAGAACAAAGAGAAAAUGACCUAAUAUACAAAAAUCCACACAAGGUUCUUCCAUAUUACAACAGAUACAUCUGAUAAAUGUGAUUUUAUAACUAGUGAUUUUUUAAUUUUUGUACUAACAGUAACUUUCGGAAAAGGACAAAUUUAUUUUCGAAAGUUUUCUAAAUAAUGAAAGAUUUAUAUUUAUUUAGAGAGAGAUGAAGUAUCUGUUUUCCAUUAAAAGUAUUAGACGGCAAAAGAGACUUACCGCUCGGAGUAUUUAUAUCAGCUUAUUUUCACAAUUCUGAUGAGAGGAAUGAGUUUUGAAGAUGUGAUUUGUGAUUAUAGAAGACAUGUGAUUGAAAACAUCUGUUUUUCAAAUGCUUUGUAUCUCAUAUAGAGGUGAAAAAAAGAGAUAUUAAUAGUUAUGUCUUGUAACAUUAUGCUUAAAUAUCUAAUAUGUACCAAUCUGAGAGAGGGAGAGGGGAAACAAUAUUAUAUUAUAGUAUUUACUAUUUUCUUUAAAGACAUAAAUUAAGAGCAUUUAUAGAUCUAUUUAUUAUAAUUCAUAUAUGAAUAUAUAAUUAAUUUAUAUCUCAUUUUUUCGACCAGGUUUAUUUUCUUCUUGACCCAUUUUUAAAUGUAGUAUUUUAUUUAAAAAAUAUUAAAAGUAUUAAUUUUAAAAGAAUUAAAAAAGUAUACUAAUUGCGUGUAUACUGAUUCAAGAACUGUUGGUUGCUUUUUUUAUUAUGUUUAUGUAUACUUAAAAACUACACACACACACACACACACACACAUACAUAUACAUUUAUACAAUAUAAUGUUCUCUGCAAUUAUA